CUUGUUUCUGCACGCUCGACUCGAUCCACGCAUACACAUUAUCCAUGCCAAGGCUUUGUCCAGCCCAUAGUAGACCCGAAAGAUUGCAGAUCAAUUGGCCGUACCACCCCCUUGCUUCAUCGAGCAAGCUCAAGUAGCCUGCAAGCGCACAACUUGUGGAGCUGAAACUUGAGACACCGAAUUUACGAAAGUAAAAACAAAUAAAGGAUCUUCUUCUUAUCACACGUGUGUUUAGCAAGGUGUCUCUCAACGACGAAGGGAAAGUUUGAAGGCAAUAAUGAUGUCGAUCAUGUUCGAUGACCCGGCUAGGGCUUUAUCCGGGGCCCUUCUGAUCGUGAGUAUACUGCUUCUUCAAUGAGCGCUUUGGCGGGCACCUUCUUCUCACUGGCCUUUGGCCAAUGGUAAACGGUGGUUUGAGAUCCCUACCACCAAAUCGAAGGAUCGAUUUGUAGCAAAUGGGAUAGUCAUUCUUUUGUCAAGCUUUAAGCGGGUGAGUUAUCAUCUUGGGCUCUGACAGUGGUAUGGAGAUUUAUCACCAAGGAACAAAUUUGCGGAUAGCCCUCCAAUGGGUUCCGUCUAGGGACUGAUAAUGGGCCUAUAAUCAUACUCUCACUAGAAUACGUGGAUCAGUUUCGCAGUGGAAACCGCCCUAGUCCAGUAGAAUUUCAAGCCGAGCUAAGGCCCCAGGUGCCAAUCAUGUCUACGUGUGAGAACGAAUCUAUGACCCCGGCACCAGGUUUCCCAUGCGCACCUUCCUGGCUUUGAGAUUUUCUCGGCCAAACAUGUUCCUAUGAGUGUGUUCACAGACUUCAUCUUGAGAGAGCUGACGCCCGCGAUCGGCACACUUGAAACCUUUGACACUAUUCGCAAAUUUCCAAAGCUAAGCAGAUUACGCAGAUUCCUCGGCUUCAGCAUCAAUCACACGGCUCCAGGAAGCGCUAGAGUCUACAUGGACCAACAGCUCAGUGGCACCAGAUCGAUCUUUACAGCAGUGUUCAGACGCUCAGUCAUACCACUACAAGCCCAAUCUUUGGGGGUCCAGAACUAUCAUCCAGUAAAGCUUAGGAAGAACUCACUUAUCGAUAUGUGAAAGAUUUCCCUCUCAUUGCCUGUUCGCCGCGCUUGUGGCCAAAGUUCUCCCAGCGUUUCGUGAACAUGAUUCUACCAAGCUGCAUGUCCCUUCGCAAAGAUGUUAAUCGGGCAGGGCAAAGAAAUGGUCAACGAGAUCUUGCAAAAACGAACUGCCUCCUAGGCUGCAUGUAUCAGCCAGGGAGUCGACCCCGAGAAGUUUGUUGAUAGCUUGCAAUGGUGGCAAGAGCUUUCAGGCCCACCAUGCGACCCAGCUUGCUUGCAGCUUGCGCUUAUCUUCUCUGCGGUGCACUCGACCAUCGAUCUCCUAAGCCAGACGAUAUUGAACUUGCCUGAGAGGCCCGAGUUAGUGGACCAGCGGCGACAGGAAUACAUCGCAGUCGGAGAAAGUCAACCUUGGGGGAAGGCUACCUUCUACAAACUUGGUUUGAUGGACAGCGUACUGAAGGAGACACUCAGUGCCUCAAGCCAGUUACCAUAGGUCUUUUCCAGCUCCCUGUAGACGUAUAGCUACCGAAGAUUUAUUUUCUCUGACGGCCUGGUGAUUCCCAAGGGAUCCCUCGUCCUGAUGUCCUGUGCAAGAGGACUCAGUCAUCUACCCAAAAACUCUUGAAUUUGACGGACACAGUUUCCGAACGAUGCGCGAGAAUCCAACCAACGGAGCCAUGGCACACUUGGUUUCCUCCAGUCAACAGCACAUGGCAUUCGGCAUCAGCACCCAAGCUGUCCAUCCUGGCCGAUUCUUUGCUGCAGCAAGCCUGAAGUCAACUCUGUCGCAGUGUCUUCUUAAUUAUAACCUUCGGCUAAGCGACCCGUCGGAGAAGUUUCGCAGAACCGAGGACAAAUUUUGCUGCCGAAUUUCGAGGCCAAGGUGGAAUCGAGACGCAGAGAGCCAGAAAUGGAACUGUG